CUGGCAUGGAGCUGCCGGAUUCAGUUCGCCAGCGGCUGGGGAAUUUCAGCCGGACAGUGUUCAGAGACUCCAACCGGACCGGGCCGGAAUACAAUGAGGGUCCGGAUAAUGAGAUGGUCUCCAGUUUGGCAUUGCAGAUGUCACUUUAUUUUAACACUUAUUUUUUCCCACUUUGGUGGGUAAGCUGCCUUAUGAUGCUUCAGAUGAAGUAUUCAGUUUUGCCUGAUUACUACAAAUUUAUUGUGAUCACGAUUAUCAUCCUAAUAACCUUAAUUGAAGCCAUUCGAUUGUAUCUGGGCUACAUGGGUAACCUACAGGAAAAGGUUCCUGAGUUGGCUGGAUUUUGGCUUUUGAGCCUUCUACUGCAAUUGCCUUUAAUUCUUUUCUUGCUCUUAAAUGAAGGCCUAACAAAUCUGCCUCUGGAAAAAGCGAUACAUAUCAUCUUCACCAUCUUCCUAACUUUCCAAGUUAUUGCAGCAUUUCUUACCUUGAAGAAAAUGGUCAAUCAGUUGGCAGUUCGUUUCCACCUCCAAGAAUUUGACCGUCUCUCUGCAAACAGAGAUGCGACAAGAAUGAGGUCAUGUAUAGAAGAGAUCUGA